UGCUCUUUGAGGGUGUCAGUGUCAGUAAAUCACACGCCCGUUGGGGGAGUUCCAGGCGUGCCUCCUGCCGGCAGGGCGGACCGCAGACCCCCCAGCCGUGGCGCGUGAGGCCUGCCGUUCCCUGCUUUUUCAGCUCGGCUGCCCUGGCCCCGUGGCUCCCAGCUCCGGCCACACUGAACGCCCGCUCCUCAGAGGGAACUCUCUGCACGGGGUCUCGCCUGUGCGGUCUCCUGUGCUGGGUGUCAGUCUGUGACCCGGCCGACCGCUGACCCUCGCGUGGCAACAACCCUUCCCUCCACGGGUCUCUGGCGCCGCCCACUCGGACUUUCCGGCUCUCCUUUCUUGCGGCAGAUUACUGUCCGCGAACCCGGCUCACUGAAGCUCCGUGAAAGCAAGAGCCCUUCCUGAUUUCCCCGCUUCAUCCCCAGAGCUUGGCCCAACGCCGGCACUUCACAGGCACCCGUUAAACACGUACUGACCUGACGGGGCAGGCGCAUCUUGUACUUCUAAGUAUCGGGAGCAAGUGCAGGUUCAUUUGAGGCUUUGGGAUUUUUACAGCGGUUUUUAAGAUAAACUGGAGAGCCUCAGCGUGUUAAAAGUUCUGCUUUCCUCUUGGAUACCACCAAGGUUGCCAGUCUGCCUUGCAUGUUAAGAAUUGCUAGGAUUUGAAUUCUUGGACUUCGUUUUAUUAACCUGAGUGCUGUAAAUCCUGCCUGAUUCAGCUAAAACUGGUUUAGUGAAGCCCUGAAUCCCUUUGUUAUUUGGAAUCUCAAAGAAAAUUAGCCAGCAGUAUGGUAAAGAAUUGCUCUUAAUUUAUUAUCUUUAAAACAUUUUCUUUUCUUCAGAAAAAUUUUUGAAAAAGCGUCUGGAGAGGAAUAAGAAAGAUGUCCGUAGACUCAAGUGUGCCAAUCCCGAGAACUUUUCUCCUCUGACUUUAAAGUCCCUGGAGAAAGGUUGCUAAUCGCCCCUUGGAGGUUGGCGGGCGACCGCGUCACUCAGGCCUCUUUUGCUCACCCGCAGGUGUGUGAGCAUCUGCUCCUUGGCCUUCAGCAUGGACAGCCUGUUCCUGUCCGCGUCCAGCAACACCGAGACUGUGCACAUCUUCAAACUCGAGACUGUGAAAGAAAAACCUCAGGAGGAGCCCACCACCUGGACCGGGUACUUCGGGAAAGUGCUCAUGGCGUCCACCAGCUACUUGCCCUCCCAAGUAACAGAAAUGUUCAACCAGGGCAGAGCCUUUGCCACGGUCCGCCUGCCUUUCUGUGGCCACAAGAACAUCUGCUCGCUGGCCACAAUUCAGAAGAUUCCCCGGCUACUGGUGGGAGCUUCCGACGGGUACUUGUACAUGUACAACCUGGACCCCCAGGAGGGAGGCGAGUGCACCCUGAUGAAGCAGCACAAGUUGGACGGCAGCAUGGAGACCACCAAUGAAAUCUUGGACUCGGCCUCUCACGACUGCCCCCUAGUGACGCAGACUUAUGGCACGGCUGUCGCCACAGCCUACGCCGACGAGCUGGGAGCCGCAGGCGGCGCGUGUCUGGAGGAGGAGGCCAGCGCUCUGCGGCUGGAGGAAGACAGCGAGCACCCCCCUAUGAUUCUUCGGACAGACUGACCUUGACCUGUGAACUCUGACCCCUGAAGCAGAGGACACUGGCUUGACAGAGGACUUUGUGUUAUGCUGCUAUGAACUUUGACCUGAGUUGGGGAGAGGACGGCAGAGACUUCAAAAGAAAAAAAAAAAAAAAGAUUGUAGCCGUAGUGUCAUUCCAUACUGUCGAGAAAUACAUUGUUUUCACUUCAGUGGCUUUUAAUCCCGCUUAGGAAUCUUAGCUUUUUGUUUGUUUUCUCUUUUUGCCAAAAUUAACUGUUCGGUGAAGCCCUUGAAACCUCCUUGCUUUGCAUGCAUUAAUGUGCCAAGCCAGCAGAGGAGAGGAGAGCUAGAAGCCACUUUAACGACACCCGCAGUUGUCUGGUUUUUAAAAUCUGUACAUAGUGAGGAGCGUCCUCGGGGGACGGCAGCAUCGCGCAGUGGUUGUGGGUGUCCAGGCGGACCUGCUCGGCGGGUCCAAGAGCCUUCUGUGGGCUCGCCAGGCUGGGGCGUCAGCCGUGGGGAGGAGUGCUCACUCCCCGGAGCCCCUCCCGGGCCCUUUUCCCCGUUUUAUUUUGUUAAUUAAAUUCUUUCCAGAUUGGAUUACUCUGGGAA